CGGGGCGGCGGGGAGCUGCCGCCGGCGACGGGCUCGCCAUGAAGAAACACUCGGCCAGGGUGGCCCCCCUCAGCGCCUGCAACAGCCCCGUGCUCACCCUCACCAAAGUGGAAGGGGAUGAGCGCUCCCGGGAGUCCCCAGCCCCAGCUGAAGCACAGAUGCAAGCCGGGGCAGAAGGAGGUGGAAGGGUGAGCCGCUGUUGCUGGAAAUGCUCCGUGACGCAACUCAAGAAAAUUUUCUGGGGUGUGGCCGUGGUCUUGGGUGUCUGCUCAUCCUGGUCGGGUUCAACCCAGCUAGCAAAACUGACCUUUAAGAAAUUUGAUGCGCCCUUCACUCUAACGUGGUUUGCAACAAACUGGAACUUUUUAUUCUUUCCUUUGUAUUAUCUUGGACAUGUUUUUAAGUCAGCUGAAAAGCAGUCUCCGAAGCAGAGGUACAGGGAGUGCUGCCGUUUUUUUGGAGACAACGGCUUGACUUUGAAGGUGUUUUUUACCAAGGCAGCACCCUUUGGUGUUCUCUGGACACUCACAAACUACCUUUACUUACAUGCAAUAAAGAAAAUAAACACUACGGAUGUCUCCGUGCUGUUCUGCUGCAACAAAGCGUUUGUGUUCUUGCUCUCAUGGAUCGUUCUGCGGGACAGGUUCAUGGGAGUGAGGAUCGUGGCUGCUAUAUUUGCUAUUGCAGGGAUAGUGAUGAUGACGUACGCGGAUGGGUUUCACAGCCACUCUGUUAUUGGGAUAGCCCUGGUGGUGGGCUCUGCCUCAAUGUCUGCCCUCUACAAGGUUUUAUUCAAACUUCUGCUGGGCAGUGCAAAAUUUGGAGAGGCUGCCUUAUUCCUGUCCGUGUUGGCCGUCUUCAAUGUCCUCUUCGUUACCUGUAUUCCUGUCAUCCUUUAUUUUACCAAAGUGGAAUACUGGAGCUCUUUUGACAUCGUUCCUUGGGGAAACCUCUGCGGAUUUUCAAUUCUCUUAUUGACAUUCAAUAUCCUACUGAAUUUCGGAAUUGCUAUUACGUACCCCACCUUGAUUUCUCUUGGAAUUGUACUGAGCGUCCCAGUCAAUGCAGUUGUUGAUCACUACACGAGUGAAAUUGUCUUCAACAGUGUCCGAGUCAUCGCCAUCGUUAUUAUCGGCCUGGGCUUCCUCCUGUUGCUCUUGCCAGAGGAGUGGGACGUCUGGGUAAUAAAGCUCCUCACUCGUCUCAAAGUCCGAAAGAAGGAAGAACUCCCCGAAGGGAACGGAGAUGUCACUUCAGGACUGCCCAACAAAAGCAGGAGAACUCGCCCCUCCAUGUCAUCCUUUGCUCAUUAAAUGCUCUUUUUACCAAAACUUUGUGGUUACCUUACGCACGAUGACGCAAAGGUCUUUUCUUGGGAAGAAGCACACCUGACCACCACGGUGUACAUACCUGUACAGUUUUGAUAUGAUCACCAUCUAAGGCAUCGAGUCUUGGCAUGUCCUGUUUGCUUGUACCUUUUUCACAUCAGACCUUUCACUUAAGUAGUACACUGAAAAAAAAAAACAAACCUGCAAACCGAGAACCUCUCUUCUCUUUUUAAAUGAAUGUAACAUAUAG